CCAAACAUUCCCAUUCCAAAGUUACAAUGACACAAACAACCUCUUCCUCCGAAACCACCGCCACGACCAGCACCAGUAGUAGCAACUCCUCCACUACUUCUUCACCCUCAUCGUCACAUUCUCCUCCAGAAAAUGAUACCCAAAGGCCCAAGCCCAAGCCCAAGAGACCCAGAGACUGCAGUAAGCACCCAGUGUACCACGGUGUACGAAAGCGCAACUGGGGCAAAUGGGUCUCCGAAAUUCGCGAGCCGCGCAAGAAAUCGCGCAUCUGGCUCGGCACCUUCGCAACACCCGAAAUGGCGGCUCGAGCCCACGACGUGGCGGCUCUCAGCAUCAAGGGCCAAUCAGCAAUUCUCAACUUUCCAGAAAUUGCAGACUUGCUCCCCCGGCCCGUCACGUGUUCCCCACGUGACAUCCAGGCCGCAGCUACGGCAGCCGCCGGUAUGGUGAAAUUCGACCCCGUAACAGAGUCCCCUGAGCCGUCGGAGCUGAGCGAGAUAAUUGAGCUGCCGAACAUUGAAGACAGCUUGGACUCGGCUGAGUCGAGAGGCGAAUUCAUGUUACUCGACGCGGUGGAUAGUUGGGUGUUUCCGGCAAUGGGGUCAGAGGGAAUCGAGUUUUGUGGCUCUUUUUCUGAGGAGUUAUUGUUUUCUGAGAUAGAGAUACCAAUUUGGAAUUGAAUGGUGGGUGAAGGUUUGAUUUUGACCGAUUUGGCUUAUGCUUCCUCACUUUUGGCUCAUCUAUCAUCUUCACUCUUCAAUCUUCGCUUCCCAACAUGUGGGAUUGACAAAAUAUCAUUAAUGAGUGUUUUGGCUAUUUUUGCUGUCACUGGUCCAUGCCUC